AGCUCAAGGGUAGAUUUGAUAUUGGUCGACUCCCAGUGUCUGGCCAGACUGGAGACAUACGGUUGCUCCAAGUAUGACCACGGAAAGAAAGGUCCAAAUCAAGAAUGCCGACAUGAAUGAGGUGCUCCAGAGCGAAGUGGUUGAAUUGGCCAAGACAGCCAUGGACAGAUUUAACACAGAGAAGGACAUUGCCAACUUCAUCAAGAAAGAGUUGGACAGAACUCACACGCCAUUUUGGCACAUCAUAGUCGGCCGCAACUUCGGCUCUUAUGUCACCCAUGAGACGAAGCACUUUGUGUACUUUUACAUCGACGAGCUUGCAGUGCUUUGCUACAAGGCAGGGUGAAGAUCUCCUGAUGGGCAAAAAAUUAGUCUCACCUGCUGAACUGAGCAGUUUCACGAGUUGGCUACAGUAGUGGCAUUAUGAGGUUGGAUAAGUAUGCAGAGAAAUCAUCCUGCACACUGUAU